AUGGAAAAUGAUAGGAGAUAUGAUAAUGACAACAAUGAGGAUGCCACUCUCAACCAAGAUCGGUUGCAGACAGGGUACGGUGUCCUCACAAGGACCAUGCUGUGGUUUCUGAAGGGCUCUUCAGACAUGGAUCAUGAUGAUUAUAUGUCUCAGACAGGGGCUGAUGGUGCCCGAGGAGAUGAUACGGCAAAGCUUAAGACUCUUAUCUCAGACUGGGUCAACUGUGAGCUCAAGCCAAAUCCCCUCAUUGAUUCCAAUGAUAAAAAUUGCCGUGAAUUCAUCUGUGAUGCAUGCAGGAGGCUACUCUGCCCGGCUGAACUUGACUGGAACAACCCAGUUGUAAGGACAGGCAUUCGAGAUCUAUCGGAGGGCCAUGUGGUGAUGGUGCAGCACUCGGAUCGGCACUGGGCAUGUAUCCUGCCAAUCUCAUAG